AAAACACUCAAGCUUCUAUAAUCUACACUACACAGUACAGACCUUUUUGUGGCUCAACGGUUGAACGUGGGCUCAACGAUUAUCCAAACACAGCUUAACUCGUCUUCUUUCUUUCGCUAGCUCGCUCAAGUUCUCUCUCGCUGAAAAAUAACAAAGUUGCAAAUUGCUCUCUCUCUGUUUCCAGUGAAAGAAAAGGAUGUCAAGUGGAGCAACAUACUGGUGUUACACAUGCAGGCAGCCAAUCUGCCUUGCAAGGAGGGAUCACAUUUGCCCCUACUGUGACGAAGGCUUCUUGCAAGAACUUGAUGAAUUGCAAGGAGGUAUGGAACAAAGAGGUUCUGAACCAAGAAUGGGUGGAAGAUACAUAAACUUUGGUGUUAGGAGGCCUGGUUCUACCCCUCUUCCUGAAUCAUGGACUCGAGGUGUGUUCAUAUUUCCCAAUCAAGAGGUGGCCGCAGAUCGGGAAGGAUUCUUUGAACAACACAUUACAAAUGACCCGCUUGGUGCAUCACAAUCUUCAAUUGAUGCAAUGCCAACUAUUAAGAUCACACAUGAACACCUCUACUCAAAUCCAAAGUGUUCAGUUUGUAUAGAAAGAUUUGAAGUGGGUUCUGAGGCCAGGAAGAUGCCAUGUGACCACAUUUACCACUCAGACUGCAUCGUUCCAUGGUUAGUUCAUCAUAACUCAUGUCCUGUUUGCCGUGGUAAGCUGCCACCCGAAGGACAUGUUAGUUCUCGUGGUAGUCAAAUUUGGAGAGGAAGGAAUGUCAAUGGUAAUAGUGAAAAUGAUAUCUAUAGGGGUAGGGAGAAUAGACAGUUCAACGAUGGAUGGAGAAAUCUACUAUCAUUUUUGAAUUUUUGCGGCCAAUCCUUUCUUCUAAUUCAAAUACUUAAUCGUUGGAGCUGAGACUGGGGAUACUACUCUCCUACAACUCUUUGACCAGAACAAUGGCAGAAGUUAACUGAGUUUCAUUUCUUCUCCAGCUGUCAAAUAAUGCUUAUUUAAAUGACAUGAAUAAAGCUUCUGAAUGCUUUGAACUUGAUCUCAUAAAGAUACUAUUAGAUCAUAGAAGUAUGUGAAAAUGUUUGUAAAUACAAUAUUUUUGGAAGCAAUUUUCGUUCUAUAUUUUUGGUUGCUUAGUAGCUUAACCUUGUAGGUAAUUUGCAUGGUCUAUUCUGAAUGUGUUUGGGAGAUAAGAGGAAAACGAAUCAAAGGGGAAGGAAAGGUGAGUGAUAAAAGAGAAACUGUGGAGCUUAACCUAUGUAUGUAUCAUCCCAUAAUGUAUAGACCUUAAUUAUGCCCUCCUUUGAUAUUCAUGUAUUUUAGUAUUUGUCUCACCUCUUAAGGAGACAAACACAACACUUUGCAAAAUUGGAUAUGCAUGCAAUAGACAAAAAUGUAGGACCAUAAGGAUAUACUAUCCUUGAAUUUAUACGAAAAAUUGAGAUCUGAAUGGAAAUGGGUUUAAUUUUCUUA